UUUUCCGACAGGUUGCAAUGUUUGUGCAGCCGCGCCGCGUCGGCACCGACUUUAGCGGCUACGCGGUGGAGUUCAGUCCGUUCCAUGAACACUGGGUGGCUGUGGGCACGGCGCAAUAUUUUGGCAUCAUUGGGAAUGGCCAAGCAGUGGCGAUGGAGCUGAUGCCGGACGGGUCCCUUGCCACGAUGCGGUCCUUUGACACUCAAGACGGUGUGUAUGACAUUGCAUGGAGCGAGAUGCACCCAAAUCAACUUGUUGCGGGGUGCGCGAACGGCCAUCUCAAGCUGUUCGACGUGACAACGCGCGACAGCUUUCCCAUUCAGAGCUUCGCCGAGCAUACGCAGGAAGUGAGCGGUGUGAAUUGGAACCUCGUGGACCGGCAAACGUUCGUAUCGGCGUCAUGGGACCAUUCGAUCAAAGUGUGGCAUCCGCACCAUCCCACGUCAUUGCAAACCCUGCAUGGGCAUACUGGACCAGUCUACAAUGCAGUGUGGUCGACGCGAGAAGCGUCGCACGUGGCGUCGUGCUCUGGCGAUGGGUCCGUGCGAGUCUGGGACCUCAAGGUUCCUGGCCAAGCGGUGUGCCACAUCGCCGCGCAUGCCCACGACGUGCUGGCGUUGGACUGGAACAAGUACAGCCCGUACGAGGUCGUGUCGGGGUCCGCCGACGCGUCGCUGAAAGUUUGGGUCGGUCAUGACGUGGCACAUCCAUCGAUCGAUCACUCUGUGUCCACAGGACAUUCGAAACGUAUCGGCGGAGGUGCGCCACCUGCGAGGCCAUCAAUACGCUGUCCGCCGCAUCAAAUGCUCGCCACACGAUCGGCACGUUGUCGGAUCAGCGUCGCUCGAUAUGUCGGUGCGCCUAUGGAACACCCAAGCCGUCCAUCCCCACAUGCAAUGCGCCACCCACCACACAGAAUUUGUCCUCGGCCUCGACUUUAGCCUGUUUGCACCUGGGCUCGUCGCGUCCUGCUCGUGGGACCGCUCCAUCGUGAUGUGGAACCACAGGGGGGGGCCGCCGCCGCGGGCCGUCUAGUCGAGCGAGUACACCAUGCAAUGCACCUCUGACGUUCACGUCCUC